AGUUUUUGGUUGCCUCUCAGGUUCCAUUGCAAUGGAGGUGCAGAGGAGGUCUCUUUGAAUCUUGCAGUUAAUAUUUUUGCUAAAAUGGAAAAUAUCACAUCUUUGAGUCUAGGAGUAAAGGGAAAUGAGUUUCUGGACGCAACAAUGGCUGCAAUGAAGCAAGCUGUGGCAGGCUGUUCAGUGGAAAGCCAGGAAAAGGUUCUUCGGAAAGCUUUUGAUAUGAUGGCAACAUGCUCCUUAUUCCUAUCCAAGGAUUUGAUUCUAGGAACCAAUCGCUUUAACAAGAAAAGUCAACUUGGUCAGACUUUUGAUGGUUUGUCUUGUCGAGACGAAUGGAUUACUUCACUCUUCGCAUCAGUUGUAAUUGCGUUGCGUCCUCAAACUCGGAUACCAAAUAUAAGACUGUUAUUACAGUUGUUGACAACGACUCUCCUUGAAGGUCAUUUACCGUCAGCUCAGGCCCUGGGGUCUUUGGUUAACAAACUUCCUGUAAAUAUAUCAGAAGACUGUAGUCUCGAAGAAGUUAUUGAUACGUUAUUCAAGAAUGAGAUGUGGUGCAACAUUAUUAUUGGGAAAGAAGGCAAUGAUGGUGGUGCUGUUAAUAUGGGUAACCCGAGAAUAAGCAGUAUGAAUAGUCAUGCAGUUAUUGGAUUAGCAUGGAUAGGGAAAGGUUUGCUUAUGCGGGGUCAUGAGAAGCUAAAAGAUGUGACUAUGACUUUCUUGAGUGAGUUAGUUUCAAGUGGACAUAAUGGAAAUUUGCUGCCUUUUAAGGAUCAAAUGAAAGAUGGCGCAGAGCAUGAAGUGCUUUGUCUCAGAAAAUCAGCUGCGGAUGCAUUUCAUAUUCUUAUGAGCGACUCUGAUGCUUGUUUGAACAGGAAUUAUCAUGCAAUCGUUCGCCCACUCUAUAAGCAACGGUUUUUCAACAUUAUGUUGCCUAUGUUCUUAUCUGCAAUAGUAAAAUGUGACUCAUCCACUACACGGUGUUUUCUCUAUCAAGCUUUCGCACACCUGAUAUCAGAAACUCCUCUUGCUGCUAUUGUUGGUGAUGCCAAAAAGGUCCUUCCUGUAAUUUUAGAUUGCUUUCUUAUGUUAAGCAAGGAUGUCUCUCAUAAGGAGAUAAUUUACAGUGUCAUAAUAGUUCUCUCUGGAAUAAUAACAGAUAAAAAUGGACAAGAAGCUAUUAUAGAAAAUGCGCCCACAGUUAUCUGCCGACUUACUGAGCUCACAUCCUAUCCCCAUAUGAUGGUGAUUCGAGAGACUGCAAUUCAGUGCCUUGCUGCCAUGUCAGAGUUGCCGCAUGCAAGGAUAUACCCCAUGAGAACACAGGUGUUGCAAGCAUUAUCCAAAGCUCUUGAUGAUACAAAAAGGGUCGUUCGUCAAGAGGCAGUGAAAUGUCGGCAAGCUUGGGCUUCAAUUACAUCAAGGAGUUUGCACUUCUGAAAGCACGCAGAAGACUUCCUUGAAAACCCGGUUGGGAUCGUAUACUACAUUCAUUGCAUCCUUGCAGAUGGUACACCCUCUUGCUUCUGCUUGUAUAGCAGCUUACUUAUAGGACCACAGUCUUGAUGUAAUAACCGGGGNA